GCCGCGGGCCCACGGCGGUGCGGCCACCACGGGGCGCGGCGGCGGAGCGCCGCGGCCCGGCCAGGAGCACGCCCGGGGCGCCGAGCGGCGCACCACCGUGCUGCUCCGCAACCUGCCAUGCUCGGGAAAAGGUAAGACUCGAGUUGGCUGGAGCUCGGGGUUGCCGACGUUUUUUUUUGACGAGCGUGUCCUGGAUCUUGUGACGGCGCAGUGUUUCUGUUGGGAGGUCUGCAGCGGGAGUUCGCGUCGAGUUUCAUAGAUGGGGUCUCGUCUUUUUUAUCAUGACCCCGUCAGGCCAACCCGAGUCCCCCGUAUCCGGGUCUUGCGUCUCCCCGACAUACGCGCUCCGGCGCGACAUGUUCGUGGAGCUCCUGAACUCGCACGGGUUUCGGGGGAAGUUUGACCUGGUGUAUAUGCCCAUCGACUUCAAGACGAGCCAGCCGAUAGGUUAUGCGUUCGUGAACGCGGUCGAUCCGGACAGCGCCCUCCACCUCUUCCGCGUCUUCGAGGGCUUCCGGUCGUGGCCAGCGAAGAGCCCGAAGACAUGCAGCGUGAGCUGGGGCGGCCGGCAGGGUCUCCAGAGCAACGUCCGCGUCUACCGCAAUCUGGCCGUCAUGAAGCAGAGCGCCCCCGAGGCAUGGAAGCCGGCCUUGUUUCUGCAGGGAGAUAUGGUACGUUUCCCCGCGCCCACGAGAAGAUUGAAGCGCAGCCAUAAGCAGCACGGCACAAUCGGCAGCAACGUGGCGGGCUCUUGGAGUAGCCCAGCAGAGAUGGACGGCGACGGUUCGUCCAGGCUUGACCAGUGAUCGAAGGAGGGGGAGGGG